GUUCCGGGUUCAGGACGCUCCGCUCUAUGAUCUUUGCUUUGACAUUGGUCUGUCUGAUCCUGCACCCAACGAGAGGGAAUGAGCUUAAGAGAUUGAAACAAUGGCUUCUAGCAAAUUCCCUCUGCCUUCGUGAAGACCUCAAGAUGCAAGUAGGAUUUGCAGACCGACAAACCUCUUUCUGUGGCUGUGUGCCCAAGAUGUCUCCUCCCAGUUUGAAUGGAAUCAGUGGUGAUACCAAAAUAAACCAACACAGGGUGGUUCCUUUGUGUACCAUUCAUCUGAUUGAGUAAGUAGGAUCAUGGCAGAGGAUUGUGAUCGUACCCCAUCCCUUGACGAUGUCUUUGACAUUUUGUCCGGAGUUCCAGAAGCAAGGCUGUUCAGCUUGUGGUACAAAUUUACUCCUGGCAACUCAAAAGCUUCCAUGUCACACCGCCACCUUUAUAGCAUUGUAUCAUUUUUCCUGAAAAAGGAUAAAGAGGCUGAGAAAGUAGCAAGGUCUGUGCUAAAGGAGAGAUCCACAAACAAAUCUGCUUUGUGCAUUUACAACAGAGUUCAGGGUUUAGUUGAUGCUGCAGGCAGGGAGAAGAGACCACCCGAAAAUUCAAACAAAGAUCUUUCUGUCGAAGACGGAAGUUUGCUUGCAGACUUGGCUUUGAUGUUUGGAGUGCUUGUGGAGGAAAAUCUAUGCAGUCCCUCCAUACGGAAUCGAGCGUGUCGAGCUGCUAUCAGAGCGAUCAAGUCCAACAAACAAGACUGCAACAUGGAACUUCAGGAGGUUGUUGAAAAAUUUAGGAUGCAAUUUGGCUUACUGGAUUUUGACGGUGAAGAUGGAAAUGCGGAAAUAUCAGCUCUGAAGUCAAUGGAAGAGCCAGUCCAAGGCAGAUUAACAACUAUGGCAUUUAGAACUAAUCCGAUGACUAAUUUGAGUCAAAUAGCAAUUAACCCACCUUGUACGUCAGAAAUUACACUGCCCACCCAUUUCGAAAUCAGUGCGUCUCCGACUGCAUCAUUUACUACCAAUCUCAGCCCAGAUGAUUUAGAAUUGUCAAACCCCGACGACUGUACAAUUAAUUCUGCCAAUUUUAAUACUGUUGGCUCAAAUAAUGAUAAUCUUCCAUCUUCUGACAAUUGCUUGGCAAGUGGUAAGCAGAUCCACGAUAUUGGGGAUCAGCAUCGAGGAGAGCAGGAUCUGAACUCACUUUGUUCAGCCCAACUUUCAUCGGGAGACAACGUGAUUAAAGUGGGGCCAAGCCAAUGUACUGGAAGAACAAGCAGUGAUCAGAUAGUCACUUCAAAGUCAAAAAUGUCACAGGAACUGACCGAAGGGAAUGGAAAAGAUACCAAUUCAAUUUCAUAUGAUCCUUCUCAGAAAACAAGCAAACUAAAGGCAAGCAAUCGGUCCAAUUCAUCUGAAAGCCCAACGGCUAAAUCCAGCUCUUUAGGAGAGCCUCCUGAGGUAACGGAGAGCUCUGAGGACAUAUUUUACCCUUUUGUUGUCUUACAUGUCCCAGAGGAUAUUGAAAUCGCAGAAGAGGUGCGGGAUAAACUGGAAUCUUUGGGGGUAAAAGGCACAACAAUUGACCACCUCGCUGUUCCGGGAAGGUCCCCGAUAAAAUGCAUUGAGGAUGCAAUCAACAACUCUGCUUUCACAAUCCUCCUCCUCACAAACAAUUUCAACACACGAUGGGCUGACUAUGAGGCCAAUGUUACUCUUAUGCAUUCGAUCAAUAAUGAACAUAAGUACAAUACAGUGGUGCCACUGUUACCGAAGAAGAACUCAUUACGAACAGAAAGGAUUCCUUUUGCACUUCGUGCCAUCGUAAGUUUGAAUGAGAAUUCCAGCCACUUUGAAAAGCAUGUGAAAAAUAUUUUUAAAAGCAGGGUACUUGAGAAGCACAGAAGAGGUUGGCUUCAGCAGCAAAGACAAAAGCAGAUUCAUUCAAACACAAAUCGGAUUAAACAGGACCUUCAGGAUACCCGGGAAACAAUAUCAAACGAAAGGAAGUAUAUGGAUCUAAUUAAUCAACUAAAUGAGUUGAAGAAACAUUGUCCUAACUUCCAGCCAACAUUUGUGUCCGAUCAGGGCAAUAUCCAGGGUCAGCCCAUGUUGCAUCCACCUCUGUACCCUGGAUCUUCUACACUACCCAUGCCACCAGUGUCACCCAACCAACUGUACAGCAACAUACUCACACCAUCACUGUUUCCGUUCACCAACCCCAGCAGUGGCCCAGGAGGUCAGAAUAUAGCAGUCAACAAUCCCUUGCCACAGCAUGGACAAGGUACGAACAUAAUUCAGAUUCACCAUGCCAAAAAUGUCCAGAUAGGGGACUCCAACCAGAUGACAAUUACAGAAUGCAUUGAGAACAGUGAAAGCACAGAUGAUGACAAGGAGGAGGAGGAGGAGGAAGAGAGUGUGAACCAUAGACAUAUUUAAAUGUUUUAAACAUUUUUUCUCACAGAGAGUUGUGAGUCUGUGGAAUUCUCUGCCUCAAAUGGUGGUGGAGGCCGGUUCUCUGGAUAUUCUUAAAAGAGAGCUAGAUAGGGCUCUUAAAGAUAGCGGAGUCAGGGGAUAUGGGGAGGAGGCAGGUACUGAUUUUGGGGAUGAUCACCUAUGAUUACAUUGAAUGGCGGUGCUGGCUUGAAGGGCCGAAUGGCCUACUCCUGCACCUAUUGUCUAUUUUCUUAAAUAACAGAUUCUGAUAAAGACAGUAUCUGCAAAUAACAUGCAGAAGUAUAGAUUGUCUUUAUUUGUGGUAAAUGGUAUACAGAAAGUGGAAGUAUACUUUUUUACCUAAAGUUUAUAUGACUCAGUUCAUGCAAUGUUAAACCAUUCCAGGUCUGUGUUCUAUGCUAGGGUCUGGCUUAAAGCACAGAUAAAUCACUGAUUCUCCAAUGGUAGUGAGUCUUUGGCAGGAUUGCCAAAGUUUGCUUCAGCUGAUGAAGGAUAAAAUCAAGCCCUGCUCUUGACUGUCACUCAGUGCCCAUCAGGAAAGAGUUGGUGUGAGGCUGCCCCUCUGUCGCUCUUCCCACUAUGGUUAGAUACUUACUGUUUAAGCUCACACAUGAUAAAUGGCAUCUUGGUUCAGCAAAAGCAGCAAUCACACCGCCACACAAGUUGAUUCAGCGACUUCACAAUAGUGUUGCAUGCAAGUUGAAUUCUUUUUUUAAAAAAUUCGUUUAAGUUGCAAUCUACUUACUUCUGAAUUAGUUCCAGGGAAAUCUUGGGAAAUAAAAAUGAAUCUUUGUUCUUGACUUUA